CAUGGACUUGCACCUUCUGUGGCACCAGUGGCACUAGGACUGUUGGGUAUGAUCUGCGCUCUCGUGGAAAUUGCGUCACGUUACACAGCUCGUCUUCGAAAGUCUUGCUUUCUAUCGCUGCAUUAGUGAACUGGCACAACAAAUUAGAGGAACACAAGAAGAUGAGUUAUCGCAACGAAUUCCAAGCCAUCGUGCUCGCCGGGGGAAAUGGCUCUCGUAUGAUGGAGCUCACGGCGGGCAAGCCCAAGUGUCUACUGCCGAUCGCAAACGUUCCCAUGAUCUGGUAUCCCCUGCGCAUCCUCGAGCGUUCGGGCUUCAAGGAAGCGAUCGUCGUAGUGACCGAGACAGCGAGACCCGACGUGUCGGCGUCGCUGGACAAACUGGGCCUGAAAAUCAAGAUUGAAUUCGUGGGGAUUCCGGCAGCCGAGGACCUCGGCACGGCCGAUUCCAUCAGAUUCAUUUACGAGAAGAUAUACACGGAUAUCUUGGUGAUAUCCUGCGACUUGAUCACAAGCGUGGACAUAUCGGAGAUCCUGAAUUUAUACAGGAAGCACAACGCGAGUAUAACCGCUCUGAUGUUGCCCGCGCCAAAAGUACCGGGCGACUUUGUGACGCCAGGCGUGAAAAACAAGCAGAGGCCAGAAAUGGACUUGGUCGGCAUCGACAAAAAUACGGGACGCUUGAUCUUCUUGGCCUCGUCGUCCGACUUCGAAGAGAUGGUGGACACUUCGCCGAGGCUUCUCGGGAAGCACGCCAACUUCACCAUUCGCUCCAAACUGAUGGACGCGCACUUGUAUAUUAUUAACAAGUGGGUGGUGGACUACUUGAUGUCUAACAAGAGUUUCGCCACUCUGAAGGGUGAACUUUUGCCGUACAUAGUCGACAAACAAUUGUCCAAAUCUAAGCAAUCUAUCGACGAUAAGACUUCCUUGGUACAGAUGGAGCUGAAGGAAGAUAUCUUUCAUUUCGCAACGGAGACACCAUUAGACGUGUUGAUAAGAAAGCUGUCGGCCUUCAAUGAUCACAGCACCGAUCUGGAAGAUGCGUAUAACGAGGAUGUAAUACGAUGUUACGCUUAUGUAUUGAAUGAAAAGUUUGGUCUUAGAGCGAACACCGUGCAAAUGUAUCAUCUUGCAAACGCUAAGAUAUCAGAAUUGUGGAACGAGAGCACUAAUCAGUUGCCGCUGCCGAGUAUCUCGAACACCGCGACCGUGCGCAGUACACAGAUGCAAGAAUGUCGCAUAGGCGAUAACUCGUUAAUCGAGGAGAAAACGUCGUUGAAGCAGAAUCACGUCGGGCCUAACUGCGUCGUGGAAUCGAAGACGAGAGUAUCUCAGAGUGUAAUAAUGGGACAUGUGACUAUUAAACAAAGAUGUGUUAUUCACAACUGCAUACUGUGCAAUGGCUGCGUCAUCGAGGAGGGCACGGAAUUGAAGGAUUGCUUGGUUGGAGCACAAUACGUUGUGGUAUCUGGCAGCCAGCACUCUCACGAAGUGCUAACUGAAGCGGACGAACUCAUAUGUAUACUAUAGUUGUUCACUUGAUAUGUAUAUUACUUUUAAAUUAUUGUAAAUAUAAGUACAUAUUAUUUUGUAAAAAAAAAGCAAAUUACCUUUGUAAUUGAUCAGAUUGCAUAGAGACUUGUGGUAAAUUUCGUA